AUGACACCAGACAACAUGCGCCGCGUAGAACAAAUGAUUUUGGAGGACCGUUGGAUGAAUGUUCGAGACAUUUUGGCUGAACUUGGCAUCAGUAUUGGUAGUGUAGAGUCUAUCAUUCACGAACACCUUCAAUAUCGGAAAGUAACGGUGCGAUGGGUACCUAAACUGUUGAACUUCGAGCAAAAAUUCACGCGAUUGGAAGUUUGUCGCCGCUUGCUGAUGCGAUACGAGGCGGAGGGAGACGGUUUUUUAACGCGAAUCUUCACUAUAGACGAGACAUGGGUAUGCUAUUACACUUCCGAAAGCAAGGUGUCGUCUAAAGAGAAGAGAAAGAAGGAGGAAGGGGCGCCAGUCAAAGCGAAGACAACCAGUUCCGCGGGUAAGGUUAUGUGUACUGUGUUCUGGGACCGGCGGGGCGUGCUGUACGUCGAUUUACUGCGCACAUAA